AUUUACGGCCGGACCAAGAUGGCGGCUACCAGUGAGGGGCCGCUGUUUGCUGCGAGUAUUGAAAAGACUUGGGGUUCAGUCGUUCGUUCCCCUGAAGGGACACCCCAGAAAGUUCGGGAGCUGAUAGAUGAAGGAAUUGUCCCGGAAGAGGGAGGCACAGAACCAAAGGACACAGCUGCCACAUUCCAGUCAGUUGAUGGAUCGCCUCAAGCAGAACAGUCUCCAUUGGAAUCCACAAGCAAAGAAGCCUUCUUUCACAGAGUGGAAACCUUUUCUUCUUUGAAGUGGGCAGGGAAGCCCCCUGAGCUGUCUCCACUUAUCUGCGCUAAAUAUGGUUGGGUCACAGUUGAAUGUGACAUGCUCAAGUGCUCCAGCUGCCAGGCUUUCCUCUGUGCCAGCCUGCAGCCCACGUUUGACUUUGGCAGAUAUAAGGAGCGAUGUGCUGAGCUCAAGAAAUCCUUGUGCAGUGCCCAUGAGAAGUUCUGUUUUUGGCCAGACAGCCCCUCUCCAGAUAGAUUUGGGAUGUUGCCAUUGGGUGAGCCUGCUGUUCUCAUCAGUGAGUUCCUGGACCGGUUUCAAAGCCUUUGCCAUUUGGACCUCCAACUUCCUUCUCUGAGGCCAGAGGACUUGAAAACUAUGUGCUUGACAGAAGACGCGGUCAGUGCCCUGCUGCACCUGCUGGAGGAUGAGCUUGAUUUCCACGCCGAUGACAGGAAAACUACAAGCAAGUUAGGCUCCGACGUCCAAGUCCAAGCCACUGCGUGUGUUCUCUCUCUGUGCGGCUGGGCGUGUAGUUCCUUGGAACCUACUCAGCUCUCCCUGAUAACAUGUUACCAGUGUAUGAGGAAGGUCGGUCUCUGGGGCUUUCAGCAGAUUGAAUCAUCCAUGACAGAUCUGGAGGCUUCCUUUGGCCUGACCAGCUCCCCGAUUCCAGGUGUGGAGGGCCGGCCUGAACACUUCCCUCUGGUGCCUGAAUCCCCUAGGCGGAUGAUGACCCGAAGCCAGGAUGCUACAGUUUCUCCAGGCUCUGAGCAGUCUGAAAAAAGUCCUGGUCCUAUUGUUUCCCGAACCCGGAGUUGGGAGUCUUCCAGUCCUGUUGACCGGCCUGAGCUAGAGGCAGCCAGUCCUACUACCAGGAGCCGCCCAGUGACCCGAAGCAUGGGAACAGGAGAUUCUGCUGGCGUGGAAGUUCCCUCGAGCCCUCUCCGGAGAACCAAGCGAGCUCGCCUCUGCUCUUCCAGCAGCUCUGACACCUCUCCCCGAAGCUUCUUUGAUCCCACCUCUCAGCAUAGAGAUUGGUGCCCGUGGGUGAAUAUCACACUCGUCAAAGAAACCAAGGAGAAUGGGGAAACAGAAGUGGAUGCCUGUACCCCAGCAGAGCCAGGUUGGAAGGCAGUGUUGACCAUCCUGUUGGCCCACAAGCGUUCUAACCAGCCAGCUGAGACAGACUCCAUGCUGAAGUGACCUCGAGUAGGGAAGGGAUACAGCAACAGAAAUAGAGUCUCUCUGAAAAAUCAAGGAAAGUGUUCCGAAUAUUCCGGCAGUGGGAGUCUUCAUCCUCAUCGUGAAGAUGCUCCGGACAGAACUGAGGGGACUUUGAUAAACAAGUCUGAGUUCCUUUGGUCAGCUGCUGCUGCUGUUCUUCAUUCUGGUUUCACUGCACAUGCGAAGGCCUGCAUGUGAUGAUGAAGAGGAGACCCGAUAGCUCUGUGUGGGGUGUGGACAGGGUAAGACACAGCAGGCCCAGUUCCGUCAGGGGACUGCAGGGUUAGAACACCCAUUCAGCGGCUUUGGUUCGGCAGUGUUCUGAGCAUGUAGCUCAGCAAUGUGACAGUAUUUCUUAAUAAAGUGUUUGCUAAGA